UCCGAUCUUGUAUGUCUGAAUGUGAUUCCUCUUGUGCUCAUUCCCCUAAAGUUCAAAAAGUUUGUUUACGAAUGAGCACUGAAGAUGUUGUCAGGGACAUGCAAUCAAUCUCAGAUGAUUCAUGGUCUUACAAUGAUUUUCUGCAAGUUGAGUCACAAAUCAUCAAGGCUCUGCAUCCAAAGCUUUAUUUGCACCCCAAGUCAUCUCUAAAAAGAUUCUUUGAGGAACCAGUUUCUAAAAAGCUCGAUUUAGGAAUCAAAUGGAGAUGGACAAAAAAGCAGCACAAAAAACAUGAAUUUGGUUCCAAGUCUAUCCCUACAGACAUAUCAGGCAGCAGAACCAUCGAAAACAUAAAGCAGCAAACAAGUGGUUCACCUAAACAUGCAACGUUAACUUUUGCAGUUAAUACCUUUUUAGGAAGCAUGCCACGAAUUCAACAGAGCAGUGACCUGAAUGGCGCGCCACUUCAUGCUUCACAAAUGAUUUCCAAACCAUGCAAUGUGCCAUAUGCAGGUUGGUCAAUUUCUCCACUUGUUCACACUGCAGUAGAUUCUAUCACCCAAGGGAGAUGCAAAGCAUCUCACAGAAUAGGGAAUCAGUUACAUGCAGAAUCUUCCAGGACAUGUGUUGUGAAAAUACCAAAAAAAGGGUCCCCAAGGUUUCAUCCACCACAGCUAGGAAAGGAUGCAUUAUCAGGACUGGAAGAAAAAACUGCAGUAUGUUUACAAAAGCAACAGGGUGUUCAAAACAACCAAUUUGUUUAUCUUAGCAAUCAUUGUUCCACAACUGACACUUCAACCGUUAAAGUUCCAGAUGAAGUAACCUCAGUAAGCAUUAGAAACAAAGAGAGCAAACAGAAGCUGCCAAUGAUUAACUACCUGUCUUUUCAUUCGCUGCUUGAUGAUAGUUUACAUAUCCAACGAAUACCAAAUCAGGGAGAUACUUGCCGAAAGAGAAAAUUCACACGAUGUUCUCAAGUUUCUACUGACUCUCCAGACAAGUUGGUAGCUAAAAAGACAGUGCAUUUGCCAACUCAUAGAUUUUCUUUCCCAGAGGUAACUGCAGCUAAGUUGCACCUGGAAGAUACUGUAAUACUCUCUACAGAUUCAGUUGAAACUGGUUCCUUGGCAUUUGUACCUGAUAUUCCCUUGGAUAAUACUGAAAUUCCAAGUCAUAUCUCAGAUGAUGAAGUUGAUAAGACAAAUAUUCUCAAGAAACUCUCUAUUAUUCAAGAAAUAACACAAAGGCACCGCCUUGGUCUCAAGGUGAACAAAGCUGACAGUUGUAAAACCACUAGAGAAUUUAAACAUUCUAUCAAACCACCAGAUGAUCUCUUUAUUAAUGAGGAUAUCCAAGGAAUUGGAGGUAGUGGGGAUACUUGCACGGCUCACAUUUUAACAUAUAAACGCGAAGAAAUUUUUUUUGGAGGAAGUUACUGGCUUUUCUUCCCAUAUGAGCAGUAUUGCAAACUUGCAUUGACUGGGCUUGAUCCUUCUAAUCAUAUGGUUGUAGCUAAUAUUAUCUAUUCAACUGAUAAAUAUUCCAGUGAUUACUUACAUUUAAAAUCUCAUUAUGCAGAUUUGUUUGCUGCUCAGUUCACUUCCCUAAUGGAACGUGAUGGCUAUAAACUUGUGAAUAAUAACACUUCUGCACAACUGCAUUCUUGUUCUCACCAGAGAAGUGCAGUUUCAACAAGAAUUGCACCUUCUGCUAGUCUGACCAGGCCACCGAAGAUUGAUGUCAUGCAGCAACAACUUUGCGUUGGUAUUCCUAACAGUGUUAGGCCUUUAUCACUUGUGCCCUUUCAGCAAAGCCCUCAGCCGCCACAGGGGAACUUGCAAAGCAAAAUGGCCAGUGUAAUAGCUGAAUAUGAUAAUUUGUGUCGGCCUCAUGUUUCAGGUUCAAAUAUUAGUCAAAUGCCUGGUACAAAUAAUUCUUGUCAGCCUAUCUCACAUGGAGGUUUCAAUAAAACAAAUCAUGCAAUAGAUAUGGCAAACCAAAGGCAAACCCAUAGAUUGGGGAUGGACAUCAAUUUUGGCAUGAAACAUCAAAGAAAUGGGCAUGGGACUAUGAUAACAAGGCCUUUGCUGGAUCAUCCUCCGGUUAGAAGUAAUGCUUUCUUGCUUCAAGGACGGGGCAAAUCUCCACAGCUAUCUAACAAAUCGUCGAUGAAUCUUUAUUCCCUUGCUCAUCGCCAGCAGUACCAUGUGCAGUCAGAUUCAUCAGAGGGUUUGCUUAGUUCUCAAAAUCUGCAGUGCCAACAGUUUGGCUUUCGGCUACCUAAUAUUUCUAUGAAUGCAAAUAUAAGGGAGUCAACACCGGUUAGUUCUCAGCAGUUUUUCAGAGUGAGAAGCAGGCAGGUUGAUUUGAGCAUUAAAAAAAAAUGAUAGAAAACCACAAACUGUGUUGGCCCUUCUAGUGGUGGCAACACUAACUCAACGAUCGAUUUUUCUUGUUGGUUCUGAGUGAAUAUUUUGUGGGGAAAAAAACCUUGUGGCAGUCCUGAUUCAAAUAUUUUCAUGUUUUUUGUCUCGCUGCUCAAAUAUUGUAAAAAUUUUAUAUCUGUAGAUAGACUAAAUUCACUGACUAUCCAUUUUGCCAAUGAUUCUUGCUUUUAUGGCAAGUUUCAUGUUUUGCCUUCCAGACCAUGAAAAUUUUCACUAAUUUGACUUGUUAAUUUGUGUUUUCCUUACCUGAUCUUAUUCAAAUGGAGCAUUACUCCUAUGCUGCUGCUCCUGUAUCUCUCUGUUCCUUCUGUUGAGAAAGACUGAGCCCAGGAAUGACAGACAUAGGAUUAAUAUUUCACUGCUAGAACCAUCUCAUAAUAUUCCUGAAAGUAGCUCUACUAAC